AUGGAGAGACUGAACGGGAUCGUAAAGCAGGUCGUGUCAGCAGAUACCUACGUUUUGGCGGGCGCCAAAAAGGGCGGCGUUGCACAGGAAAGACAAGUGAGCCUGGCGUGCAUCCAGUGCCCCAGGUUGUUCAUGAAGAGCCAAAAUGUAGAAAAGAGUGAGGAGCCAUUCGCAUGGGAGAGUAGAGAAUUCAUUCGUAAAAUGAUCAUCGGGAAAAAUGUCACCUUCGUAGUAGAAUAUAUUUACAACAACAGAACGUAUUGCAGUGUAUUUUACGAGGAGCAAAACUUAUCAGUGAUGCUACUCCAGAGGGGUUACGCCAAUCUGGUGUCAAACAAGAAUGUCAAAACGAAUGUGUAUGCCGAUUUGGAGAGUUACUACAUCGAAGCGAAGGAAAAGAAAGUAGGUAUUUUUGGCAGCAACAUUAAUAGCUAUGUUAGGAAUAUUGUAUACUCCUAUAAUGACAAGAAUGAAAACAAGAAAAUUUACGACCUGUUUUUAAACAAAAAUUUGAAGUGUGUUGUUGAGCAUGUGAGGGAUGGAUCUAACUUUCGUGUGUAUGCUGAGAUGGAAGGGAAUGAGAAAAGGGAAACCAACACAACCGUCGUUGAGGGCACUGCAUUGCAAAAUGGAACCGUUGGUGAAAGCAGCAGCGGAGUGAAGGGGAAGAAGAAGAAAAAAAGCGCAGGUGGGAAAAAGAACCGAAAAAAUAGUGAUAUCGCCAACGGAUCGGGCAGUGAUGUCGACCAAGUGGCUAAAGCAACAGUGGGUUACAAAACCAUGUACUACUUCUCCUUCACCGUGUGCGGCAUCAUAGUCGAUAUGUUUAAAAAGGAAGUAGUGAACAAUGUAGAGAACGUCAAGGAGGAGCAGUAUGCCAUGGAGACGAAGAAGUUUGUUGAGGCGAGAUUACUAAACAGAGAUAUCGAAGUAGUGAUAAAGCACAUGGAUAAUAAUUGCAAUUUGUAUGCCAAUGUGUUUUAUAAGCUAGGAAAUAUCUGCACUCUUCUGUUGAAGAAUGGCUAUGCGUAUAUUAAUGAGUACACCAUUAAGUAUGUGGAAAAUGCUAUAGAGUAUAAGAGGUCCUUGGAUGAAGCAAUACAACUGAGGAAGAAGAAGUGGGUUAACUACACGGAGAAAAAAGUGGAUUACGAAAAGGAGUACCUUGCAACAGUUAUUGAGGUUCUCUACGGAGAUGUCAUCAUUGUCGAUUAUCAUAAUGAGGAGAGGAGACUCUACAUGGCUUCCAUCAAGUGUGAAAAGCAUAGCACUGAUUUGGCUGUAAAUACCCUAUGCUUAUCCGCCAAGGAUUAUUUGAAGAAUCAAAUUACCGGGGAAGUGGUAAAAAUUGUCACGGAAUAUGUGAGAAUCCCACAGAGCAAUAGUGAGGGGUACAUCCCACAGUGCUCCGAUGACAAGGGAAGAAUGCAUUUUGUCAGCGUGUACAAAAUGGAGAAUAAGAAGAAGAAGGAGGAGACCGCAAAAGCUGGCGUGGCUGUGCCUAGUAGUAAGUGGGGCAUCGAGGGGGAGGAGAAAAAAAAAAAGAAAAAAAAUGCAAAGAAGGGGGGACCAAUUAACAGCGGCGACCCGACUGGUUUGGGAGUGAAGAAAAGCGCCAAGAUGAACGGGAACGCGGCGGCUCACCUGCGCGAGGAAGACGGAGAUGAGGAAGAUCACACGAUGAUCAGCAUGAACGAACAACUCGUGGCCAGGGGAUUAGCAAAAGUGAUGAAUCACAGACAGGAAGACGAAAGGGCGAGCAACUAUUUCAGACUUCAAGAAUUAGAAAAAGAAGCACAGGAGAAAAAGGUGGGAAGAUUUAACCCACACAUCGAUAUUAUCAAAAUCAAUAAUAUAAGUGGAAGCGAAAACUCUUUGCGAGCCAGAUCAUUUGAGAAUGUCCUUAACAAGUAUAACAAUCUAAACGCCAGUGUGGAUUAUAUUUACGGAGCAAACAAAUUCAAGCUGCACAUCCCUUCGCAGAAUCUGUUAAUAAAUUUUAUCCUACUAGGUAUCUCUGUUCAGAAAAUUAACUUGAAAGAAAUUGGCACCAUCAGCACGUCAGCUAGCCAAAUGAGGAGAGUCAACGGGGCACUAGCAGGAGGAGAACAUUAUGACGGGGAAGAUGCUCACAAUUUACUGAAUGGAGAUGGCAACUCCAACAGGAAAGAAAAACUCGAGCUGAAGGAAAUAGCCAUCCAGGCUUACAGAUACACCAGAAAAAUGCUAAUGCAGAGAAAUGUGCAAAUAACUAUCUUAACGUGCGACAAGGGAGGCAAUUUUAUAGGUAUUCUACGCCAUCAGAAUAAAGAUUUCGGGGUGCACUUACUCAGCUUGGGCUAUGGAACGCUGAACGAAAUCGGAUUAAGUAACACCAAUGAAAGGAACAAUUACGUCAAAGCGGUUGAGGAAGCAAAGAAGGAAAAGAGAAACAUCUGGGCUAUUCAAAAAAUCGAUGCAAAUGAAGACGACACGGAUAAUGUUAUGCUCAAUGGACAAAAAAACGUGUCCCAAUUCGACAACAUCUAUUAUUGCUCCUACGUUGAAGAUAUCAACAAUAUUUCCAUUCAGUUGAAAAGCAAACAGGACCAGUUAAAAAAAUUACAAGAUGAGCUAAACAAACCAGCCAACUUAGAGUCAUCAUCACAGUAUGUCCUCUCCGAAAUUAAAAAAAACACCCUAGUGAUUGCCAAAUAUACGGAUAAGUGUUACUACCGGGCUGUUAUCCUGCAAGUGAAUAAAGCGAAGAAGAAAGCCCUCGUUAAGUACAUCGAUUUUGGAAAUGAGGAUGAGCUCAAUUUUGAAGAUAUCCGAAAGUUGAGUGACGGGUUGAACUUAAAAAUGUAUCCUCCAUUCAGCAUAAGGGUGUCCCUAGCUGGGGUUAAAAUCCCCGUCGAAAAUAAAGCGGAUUUGAUUAUCUAUGUGAAGAAAUUUUUAUUGGAUAAAUUUCUCUACGUUAAGUUUGAAAAAAAGGAAAAGAACAGCGCGUGUUAUCACGUCGUUUUUUACGACUACGAGCAGUUCACCACGAACAAGAAUGUCAAGAGUGUCAAUGAGGACAUCGUCUCCAGCGGUAUCUGCUACGUGGAUAACCGAAGUGACACCAAGAUCUUUGAGAAGCUCAAGAAGGAAGAGGUGGUGGCGAAGAAAGCCAAGCUUGUCAUAUGGGCCUACGGAGAUAUCGACUACGACGAUGAGAGUUGA